AUGUCCAUUGAGCUUAUUCUGAGUCCUGUUGACCCUGCUCCGCCUCCUGCCGACCAAAAGCUGGAGCAGCCUCUGAAUCUCGUCAUCGGCCAUAUAUGGCAGGUACAAAUAUUCAGUGCAAUAGGCGAACUUGGACAUUGUUUGGAAAGGAAAAUGGUUUUCGAGCUAUCGUUCCACCAGCUGGCUCAUGCACUCGCUUUACCCCAUGUAGUCAUUUUACCCUCACCCUUCCUUCGCCCUCAUUCAACCACGCUCGCCAACGCUCACCAACGCUCACGAGACGCUAAGAGCAAAGGGCUCGCCCAGCUGUUCGCACGUCAUCAAACCGAAUAG